UGUCUCAAAGGUGAGGAGGGAUGGCAGAGAGGCUGCUGCUCUCCUCACUGACAGCGCCAAGGGAUGGAGGAGGAGGAGGCGGCGGCGGCGGCAGAGCUGCUUCGGGCCCCGAGGGCUGUCCCUAGCGGCCCUGGAAGAAGGGGGUUCUCCUGGUGCUCCUGCCCCUGAGGAAGCUACAGGGAGAGAAACAGGCAGCCGCCUCCCUCUCUCUUCGGGCGCCUCUGGGGGGCUCCUGGGAGUCCCUCAGAACAGUAUCCCGAACUCAGGAUGGAAGGAGACCAAACAACACACAGCAUAAAAAUGGAAGCAGCUCACUUGUUGCCAGAUGACCAACUAGUUGCAAUGCAUCAACAAAUGAUAGAAAGCCAGGCAUCCUAUCGAAACAAACUACAGAGUUCACAGGAGGCACAGCACAGACAGGCAAUACUUGUCCAAAAGCUCCAGGGAAAGGUGUUGCAGUAUCGGAAUUGGUGCAAAGAGUUAGAACAGCGUCUAGAAGCAAGCAGGGGAUCCCAUCCACGUCGGCGGGAUCACAAAGAGGAUCAUAGUCUAGAAAAAGCGCUGAUCCAGUUGGAAGAGGAGCAGCAGAGAUGUCAAAACUUGGCUGGGGUGAACAUCUUGCUCCGGGAGCAUCUGGACAAGGCCAAUGAAGUGAAUGGGGCUCUCAGAGAAGAUGUCAACAAACUAACCGCUGACUGGACAAGGGCCAGGGAUGAGUUGCAGUACAAGGAGAGUGAAUGGCACAAAGAACGGCAGUUCUUUGAGAGUUAUAUGCGAGCUGAACAUGAUCGUAUUCUUGGGAUAUGGCGCCAAGUUGUGACAUUACGCCGUUACUAUCUGGAAAUGAAGACAGCAACUGACAGGGAUCUGUCUGAGCUAAAGGCAGAGCAGGUGAAACUUUCUGGUUCUAUACUUGUCAGUUGCUUCCGUCUAAGUUCUGAAACACAUACUUGGGAGACCAGCAGUUUAGAAAGCCCUGCCCUGAAGGGCCAGUUCCAACAACUGCAGCAACAACCAUAUAUGAAGCCUGAGAAGACAGAUAUGGAAAAAGAAAUAUUCCAGCAAGCACAAGCAAUUGUACGCUUGCAUGUCAAAGGAGAUUUGGCAAGGGAGGAUCUCCAAAGCAGGGUGAUAGAGCUGACUGCUUUGCUCGAACAGUCUCAGAAAGAGAAUGAGGAGAAGGACAAGAUAGUGAAGACUCUCAGAGACUCUUUGGAGGUUCUGGAGGCUAAUUGUUCAAAGAUGGAAUAUGAACAAUCACUAAGCAAGAAUGCAAAUGAAGAGAUCCUUUCUCUUCAGCAUGUGAUAAAAGAAAUAACCAAAGCAGUAAUCAGCGAGAAUGGAACAACUGUUGUGGGACCACAGGAUGAGAAGUAUGCUGAGCCUGGUAACUCCUUGCUGCUGAUCCCUGAUGGCCUAGAUAAUGCCCUUCUUCUUGUGCGUGAUGUGUUGACUAGGAGAAGCAAUGAAGUCCAGCAUCUGAGGCAGCAGCUCUUGGCUAGUCAGAAUUCUGUCAAAUCUCUGGAAAAGCAACAAGAACAGCAGGAAGAGCACUGCUGCUUUCUAGGACAAAGACUUGAGCAGCUAGAAGAAGAGCGAGGCACACUCAACAGCCAGCUUCAGCAUCUACAGUCCAUAGUGGAGGCUCACCGCAGUGACUAUGCAACCCUGGAGAAAUCCAGGAAAGAAUUACAACAGCAGCUGGAAGUUUUGGAACAAGAGGCCUGGCAUUUACGUCAAAACAAUACUGAGUUACAGCUUAAAGGAGACAUGGUGGAUGGGGAGAAAGAAGAACAGCAGCAGGAAUUGGAAAGAAUGAUGAGGGAGAGAGAGUACAUCCAGGAAGAUCGAAACGCCCUUGAAGAAAAGCAUUCAUCAUUAAGAAAUCAGUUGGUAACUAUGCGAGAAGCACUGGAAAAGUCUCAUCUUGAUGGAGAACUUUUGAAGCAAGAAAAAUAUGAGCUUGCUUCAGCAUUGGAACAGGCGGAGCAAUCCCUUGCACAGCUAACUAGUGCACACAACAAGUUGAAGGCAGAAACUGCUGAUCUUCAAUGUGCCGCUGCAAAGAUGAGUGCCCUUAAUGAAGUUCUAGCAUUGGACAAAGUGGGCUUGAAUGAACUUAUCUUGAAGUUGGAACAGGAAAACCAGAUGUUUUUGGAGAAAGUGGACCACCUGGAGAAAAUAAAGUCAUCUUCCCAGAAACAACUUAAUCAGACUAAAAUAACAAAUGAAGAGCUACGUGCAGAGAAGAUUCGACUGGAGCAGUUGUUGCAUAAGGCUGAGGAGUUGCAAGAAAGCUUACAAGAUGAAUUGAAAAUGCUGAAAGAGGAACAGAAAGAGACCUACGAGAAACUGAACCAAGUUCAUCAUCAGCAUGAAAAGUCUAGUACCAGUCUGGAACAAGCACAACAGGAGUCAAGUCGUCUUGGGGAAGUUCUGGCAAGGGUGUCCAGAGAGAAGGAAAUACUAACGCGUGAGAAAGCUACUUUGGAAGUACGGUUGGGGGCUGUUGAGAGGGAGAAGUCAAUCCUUACAGAGCAGAUUAGAGAGUUUGGGUCAGCAAAACAUCUUCUGGAAUCAAGCCUCUUUCAAGUUCAGCAGCAAGUGUCUCAGCUAGAAGUUACCAAUGGCCAACUAGAAAUGAAAGUUCAAGCAAUCAGCCAGGCCAAAGAAGUGAUACAAGGAGAAGUGAAAUGCCUUCGCAUUGAACUAGAAGCAGAGAAGUCAAGAGUUGAGCAAGAAAAGGAAGAAAAAGCUCAGCAGCUCUCACAGGCAGAGCAAAAAUAUCAAGAAGCCUUUAGCCAUUGUCAGAUUGUACAUAAAGAAGAAAUGAAUGCAGUCUUCCAGGAGUUGGAAGGUGAACGAGAACACCACCGUAUAGAAUUAGAGGAGGUAUUGAAGCGCUCAGACAAGGAGAAAGAAGAGAUUGAAAGCAUCUGUGAACAAAAGCUCCUGGACCUGCAGGAGAACAUUGCUGCUAUUCAAACACAAAUGGAAGAUGAGCUCCUUAAAGCUCAAAAUGCCAAGCAAGAGAUGUUUUUUGAAAAAGAGAAUGAAAGGAAAUCCUUACUAGAGGAACUUCUUCAAACAAAGGAAGAACUUACUAGUACUUGUCAGAAGCUGGAAUAUCUUCGCCAGGAAGUGAAGAAGCACCAAGAGAAGGCACAGGAUACUGUGCAGGGCCUGGAAGCUGACUUGAAGGAUGCCCAGGGUAGAAUGAAAACGCUAGAAAAGAAACACGAGGAGGAAACAAAAUCUCUCAAAGAAGAAAUCAACAUCCUUCUUCAACAACGAGAUGCUUUACAAAGUCAGGUACAAGAAUUGGAGUCCCAGCUACUGACAGCAAAAGAUUCUUGUCAGCAGAUUACACAGGAGGCUCAGCAACAUUUAACAGAGGUGCAAGAACUGUCUAAACAGAAGGCACGGGAAAUUGCACACCUCCAAAAAAUGCUGGAAGCAGAGAAAAAACAGAGUGAGGAGAUAGCACAUCAAAGCAUUGAAUUGCACAGCCAGAAGGAAGAGCUGGAGCACAGGAACACAGAACUGCGAGCUAUGCUGCAGAAUCAGUGGGAGACGGAAAAACAUCUGAACAGAGAGCUUCAGAGAAAGCAGGAGGAGGUGGAGCACCUGUGUGCUACAUUUCAGGCCCUGGAAAGGGAGCAAAGUCGGUGGGAAGAAGCAGAACGUCAGAAUUCUGAGCAACAUAAUGCACUUCAGAGACAGUUGGAAGAAACAAAAUGUCAAAAUAAGCAGCUGCAAGCACAGAAAACAGAAGUAGAGCUUCAGAAUGCAGAGUUGCGCCAACAGAAAGAAGAGAUGGAAUGUCAGAAUGCACAACUGAAAGUUGCACUCCAGAGGCAACAAGAAGAGGCAGAAUGUGAGAGUGCAAUACUCCAGAGCCAUUGGGAAGAGGCACAACAACGAUAUUCAGACUUGCAGAGUUGGAAGGAGAAAAUUGAAGACAAGAAUGCAGAAUUGCAGGCCCUGCUUUCUAGCCAACGAGAGAAAUUGGAAUGUCAAAACAUUGAGCUGCAGAACAAGGAGAAAGAGAUGGAACACCAGAACACUGUACUACAGAAGAUGAAGAAAGAGAGGAGUCAAUGGGAGAAAGUGGAAUAUCAGAAUUCAGAACUUAAAGCAGCAUUGCAGACUCUGGAGCAGGAGCGAGCCAGCCUGGCUCUGUCACUGAAGGAGAAGGAUGUCAGGCUCAAAAAACUUCAAGACAGUGAUGAUGCUCAUAAGGAUGAAAUUGCUAAACUGAAUACUGCCUUGCAACAAACAGAACAGCUACUUGCUGAGUACAGAAAAGAGAUACAGGAACUUAACAGCCAGAUACAGUCAUUCAGGCAGAUGAUGACAGAGAAGGAGGCAGCCAUGGUAGCUCACCAGGGACAGCUUAUCCAAGAUGUGGAAAAAUCCCGUGUUAAUGAGCAACGUGUGAAGGACUCUGUGGAAGUGCUGGAGGCUGAAGUAUCAACGUUACGCCUAAACCUUUGUAGCACAGAGAGUAAGGCUGAGGCACUGGCAUCAGAAUGUCAGCGUGCUUGCUCAGCCCGUUGGGAGGCACAAUCCCAGCUAACCAAGCUAUACUCAGUUCUACAGUACAUGCUGUGUAAUGGCCCUGAAGCAAAGCUGGAACAUGGAGGGCAGGGAGACAACACAAUUUGGAACUCAUUGUCCCUCCAUACAGAACAGGAUAAACUGAUAGGACCGGCUUUGUCUCAGUCUAAAGACUUUUCCACAGAGCUGACUGUGGAGAGAGUAGCAGAAGCUAUUCAGAACCUGCGGAAAGAUCUAUGGCAAACUCGCCUAGAACGGGAUGAGGUGAGGAAGAAUAUGGAAAAACUGAAGCAACAGCUUAUUGAAAAGGAAGCGGAAAGAGACCGCAUCAGCGCCAAAGCUGAAGAGCUUCAGAAAUGGUUGAACCAAAGCCAGGAAGAAAAAAAUAUAGCAGAAGGCAAACGAGGCUCCUUAGAGUCUGCUUUGAAGGCAGAAAUCAUUGCCUUCAAAGAAGAGAAUGUGGCUUUGCGUGGGAAGGUGAUCAUUUUGGAGAAAACACUUGAGAGUACAGAGAAGCAAAGAAAGGAUGUACAGAUUGAACGAGACUCCUUACAAACAACUAAGGAUAAACUGGCAUGGGAGCUGGACCUUCUUCGGGAAUCUAAUGGAGCUUUUGAGAUUCGAGCAAAUACCAUGGAAAAGUUGAACCAGUCUCUGGAACAAGAGCUUCAGACAACUCUUGCAACUCUCAAAAUUAAACAUGAAGAAUUGGAAACUCAGCAGAAGAAACUUACAACCAUGCAACAAGAAGCAGGAGUGGGAAGAGUUUUGCAAAAAGAUUUAGAUCACCUCACUGUUAUUCUAGAAAAGAAAGAUGAUGAAAUAAAAUCCCAGCUACAGCAGAUUAGAGAUUUGGAGCGGCACAGAGAAGUGCAAAAAGCUGCUAUAGAACAUCUCACUGAAGAUCUAGAAAAGAAAAUUCAUGAAAUGAGAUGUCAAAAAAACCAGAUUGAAGACCUGGGAAAGCAGAAUAAAAUGCAGAAGUCUGACCUAGAGAAACUGAAUCUAGAACUAGAAGAGACGCUCCAAACUUUGAAAUCCCAACAAGAAAAGAUUCAAAAAUUGGAAGAGCUGACACAGACUCAAAGAACUCUGCUGGACAGCCUAACUCUCAAUCUAGAAGCAAAAGCAAAGGAAACUAAAAUCAAGGAGGAAAAGAUCCAAAUUCUGGAAGAGAAUGAAUCUUCUCAGAUUGGGAGCUUGCUGAAAGAACUUGGUGACUUGAAAAUGCAAUUGACUGAAAAAGACUGGGAACUUGCUUCUCAAAAGCAGCUAGUUCAAGAACAGAAAGAACAAGGGAAAAAACAUGAAAAGAGUCUUCAAACGAGCUUAGAGCACAUGAAGGCCAUUCUGAGGGAUAAAGAAAGGGAGGUAGCAUUCCAGGGGGAACAGAUAGCAAGCUUCCAGCAAUGUGAAGCUCAGAGGGACAAGCAUCUCUGUGAACUUUAUGAGAAAGUGAAACAGUUGUCAUUCACUGUGGCCCAGAGAGAUGAAGAACUUGAGUUACAAAAGCAGCAAAUAAAAGAAAUGGAAAGAGAAAUGGAAACAGAACUAAAAGCUCUUCGUGAACUUACAGCAAAAACAGAGUUAUCCCUGAAGGAAAAAAAUAAAGAGAUGGAGUUUCAAAGGAAACAUGAAGAAGAAGUGGAAAGGCAGCUAAGAAUUCUAGUUGGAGGUGCACAAAUCAGUACAGCAAUCCUAAGAGAGAGAAACAGCAGUGCAGAAUUUCAAAAGGAUCAGACAGAGCAGCUCAAGAAACAAAAGGAAACAGCACUUGAUAUGCUGGAACAACUCAGAGUAGUGUUAGUGGGGAAAGAGCAAGAAAUUAUGUCUAUGAAAGAGCAACAAGAAGAAUACAAGGAAGAAAAAGAGUUUAUAAUCAGGGAAAUGCAGACAAAUCUUCAACAAGCUUUGAAAAGUAAAGAAGAACAGCUACAGUCCUUAAAAGAGGAGAACUGGCAACUUCAACAACAAGAGGAAAAAGUAGUAGCACAGACAAAAUCUACCAUGGGAAGUCUGGAAAUCACCAAAAUUUCACUUCAUGACAGAGAAAAAGAGAUACAGUCCUUACAAGCACAUAUUGAGGAACUCUCAAGGCAGAAAGAAAUAGAACAGAAUAGGUCUGCAAGCCUACAGCUGGAUCUGGACAGGAUUAAGGAACUAAUGACAGAGAAGGAACAUGUGUUACUCAGACAGGCAGAACAAAUUAGCACAUACCAAUUUAAACUGGUAGGCAAACAAGCAGAAUUGCAGGCAUGCCAAACUCAGGCAAGUGAAGAGUCAGGAAUUAAGCAAAAAGAACAAGUGAAUGAAGGAGACUUCCAAAUGUUCCAACAGAAACAUGAGCAGGUGAAAGAAAAAGAGGAGUAUUCCAGGGAAAAGAAGGAAUAUCUAGCGGAAAAACAGAAGGAAAAGGAGGAAGAGAUGAAAGCACAAAAUGAACAAGAGCAAAUACAAGAUGAAAUUAAGAAGCUUCAUGAGUACAUACAGCAACUUGAACAUCAGUUGAAGAAAAAAGAAGAAGAGGAUACAUGGGAGAGAGUGGAAGUUGAGAAGCUGACAGAGAGAGUCAAAAGUAAAGAGAAGGAAUUGCUAAUCUGUUGUGAGCAACUUAAGGAAAUCAGUUCUGCUCUGACUUUGCAAGAUAGUGAAGAGGACAACUUACAGAGUCAUAUCCAAAAACUUUGUAGGUGGAAAGAGAUGGAGACAGCCAGGAGCAAGGCUCUUCAGGAGAAAGACCAGUGGUUGGAGUGGCAAAAGAAGAGAAUUCAACAACUGGAAGAAGAAAAAAAAGUAAAGAAACAGGAAUUGGAUCGUGUGAUAGCUAUCUUGAAAAAGACAGAGAGUGGAGAAAUAGAAUGGAGAGAGAAAGCACAGAAGUUGGGUCUGUCCCUUGCACAAAGUGAGGAAGCCCUUAGAGUCCUGAGGGAGGAAAUGACUAUCAUACAGAACAUGGUUUCAGAAAGGGACAGGGACAGGCAUAAUCUGCAGGAGCAGUUGGAUACAGCUUUCAGAACUCUGGAAGAAGAAAGAAUUACUACAAAAGCUCUAGUAGAUGUGAAUCAGUUAAAUAAUGAAAAGCACAUGCCAGAAAUAUUGCACAAAGAAGUAGGAGAGGCUAUGAGUAAAGGAGGAAUAGUGUCAUGGGUGGUUGAAAGGAGGCUUCUGUGCAGGCGUCUACAACUUCUGCAGCAAGCUGUUGCUAGGUUGGAGAAUGAUAAUCAUGCUCUAGAGCAGCACAAUACCCAGCUUCGAGAGGCACUAGAACAGGUAGAAUGUGAACGGAGGAGACUCAAAAGAAGCCGUGGAGACUUGUCUCUGAGCUUUGGACACUCCCAGAUUAAUGCUGGCCCGUCAAAGAUUCCAUCCUUUGAAGAAACUCAGGUUAUCCAUAAAAAACUGGAAGAGUUACAGAAACAGGUUUCUUUUCUACAAAAGCAGCUGUCCCUAGAAAGGAAACAGAAGCAAGAUUAUAUUAACUCUUGUGCCAGAACAAAUCAGGAACUUUCAGACUUGCAUCAAGAACUCUCAGAUUCUUUAGCUGCUGUGGCUAGGGAACCUGUGGCUACUGUUCUGGAACUGGAGACCCGCAAACUUGAUGAAUCUGUGAACAACAGUUUGGCACUGGCAGCAGCAGGGAGCUUGGAUGGCCUGUUAGCUGGAAAAUAUCCCAUAAGCUCCACACCAAAAAGAGUACAGCAGAAGGACUGAAGGUAAUGUGGAGGAAGUCAUAGCAGGCACAAGCCAGAAGUUCAGCACAAUCUAAUUAAGUCCCAAAAUCUGCAGCUGAAAGCAAAUCUUGGAAGCUUUGGUUAGCAUAAAUUUUAAUUGCUAUUAAACCACAGGUAUGAGAAUUUAACUGGAGCCUUCCCUUCACUCAGCUGAGUUUUAACUUCUUGGACCCAUCCUACCAUCUUUUUAUUCUUGAUGAUGCUAAUUCCACACUAUCUGGAACGAAGAAAGAUCAUGUGAAUGUGAAAUAACUGGCUUGUACGCAGUAUAUUCACUGGCUGAUAAUAUGUAAAGACAUUGUUGCAGAAUGAAAUACUGAGCAGGGACAUGACAGUGAAAGAAAACUGUGUAUAUCUAUUGAAUUUCUGGUGGAAUGGUCCAACGUUAAUUAUAGAACUGAAUAUUUAGAGUAACUGAGCUCAAUGAAAAUAUUUCAAGCUUGAUUUUUCAAGACAGAAGUGGACAGGAGGAAGUCUAAACCAAAGAGUAUUAAUUUCAGUUGAAUUAAUUUUUCAUAAUGAGACUUUAGUUUCAGAAUUAAUGCCUUAACUGUUCUAAACUACUGCACAGCAAUUUAAUGUAAAAAUGUUAUUUUUAUAAUAUUUUUGUACUAAAGAGUUUUCUUAAUAUUUAAUAAAUAUGUUAUCUUUUCCUGCUUAAACAUUAUUUUGUAUUACAUACUACUGUUUCUCUUGGUCUUCUCCCCAUCUACACUUAUUUGCAUUUCACCUCCUGUAUUGUACAGAUCUGGA